AUGCUAGACAUUCCUCGAAGGCCUCCCCCGGCCAUCCCACCGGAGGAAGGAGACACCGGGGAAGAGGUCGUCGUGGCCAUGUAUGAUUUCCAGCCGACGGAAGGCCACGAUCUCAGACUGCAGAGAGGCCGAUACGUCGUGUUGGAGAAGAAUGACAUGCUGUGGCGAGCAAGACAAUACGGGAGUGAAGGAUAUAUCCCAAGUAACUACGUAACAGGAAAGAAAUCAAACAACUUAGAUCAAUAUGAAUGGUAUUGCAGGAAUAUGAAUCGGAGCAAGGCAGAACAUCUUCUGAGAAGUGAAGAUAAAGAAGGUGGUUUUAUGGUAAGGGACUCCAGCCAGCCGGGCUUGUACACAGUCUCCCUGUACACAAAGUUUGGAGGUAGAGAGCGCGGGGGCCGAGGCGGCGAGUGCUCGCUCUGCGCUCAGCUCGGUUUUGAGAUCCCGUCCCCCGACCGAGGACUUGUCACAAGACUGCGGUACCCGGUUAGCACGAAUGGGAAGAAUGCACCAACCACUGCAGGAUUUAGCUACGAGAAAUGGGAGAUCGACCCUUCCGAGCUGACCUUCAUGCGGGAGCUGGGCAGCGGGCUGUUCGGGGUGGUGAGGCUGGGCAAGUGGCGCGCCCAGUACAAGGUGGCCAUCAAGGCCAUCAGGGAGGGCGCCAUGUGCGAGGAGGACUUCAUAGAGGAGGCCAAAGUGAUGAUGAAGCUGUCGCACCCGAAGCUGGUGCAGCUGUACGGCGUGUGCACCCGGCGGCGGCCCGUCUACAUCGUCACCGAGUUCAUGGAGCGCGGCUGCCUGCUCAACUUCCUGCGCCAGCGCCAGGGCCACCUGGGCAGGGACGCGCUGCUCAGCAUGAGCCAGGACGUGUGCGAGGGCAUGGAGUACCUGGAGAGGAACGGCUUCAUCCACCGGGACCUGGCUGCCAGAAACUGCCUAGUAAACGAGACGGGAGUGGUGAAAGUAUCCGAUUUCGGGAUGGCCAGGUACGUCCUGGACGAUCAGUACACGAGCUCUUCGGGUGCCAGUUUCCGUGAAAGUGUUUUAAUGUGGGAAAUAUUUACCGAAGGCCGCAUGCCCUUUGAAAAAUACACCAACUACGAAGUGGUCACCAUGAUCACCCGAGGUCACCGGCUCUACCAGCCCAAGUGGGCGUCCAGUUCCGUCUACGAGGUCAUGCUGCGGUGUUGGCAGGAGAAACCAGAGGGAAGGCCUUCCUUCGGAGACCUGCUGCGCACGAUAGACGAACUGGUGGAGUGCGAGGAAACUUUUGGAAGAUAAACUGGUGCUGUGGUCAUCAGCUCCCAGAUUCCAAAGCACGAGGAAGGAAUGGCGCUUGGUGGCUGACUGUUAAUUUAUUUAGCAGCACCUGGAUGUGUAGAUGGUUUUACUUAUAAAGUGCAAACACCUGAAGAAUUUGCUUCCCAGAGCAGCCUUCCCUCUGCGACGGAAUCUUCUAGAUCGUGGAAACGCUGCCUUGGAGACGGUGAUUACAAGCACUCGUUUCCGGUCACUCCUCUGGCACUUGAGUGGCCGCCGUGGGGGCUGUCAUUGGACCGUGUCAACUGGUGCCAGAAGGGGGAGUGUGUCAGAGCUGUGUCCCAGCCACCUGUCCUUUCUCUUUGACGUCCCCGGAAACCCAGGCCUGGGGCGUUGUCCAGAGUUGGGUUCUAGGUGAAUCAGGAACCCACCGUGGAUAAGUUCCCGUCUUUUUCUUGUGAAAACACCUCUAGUUCCAAGACUGCACAUAGUAUCACAUUUAAAAUAUUU